CUACAAAAUGAUUUAAAAUUAUUGUCAUAUGCAUUUAUUUCCACUCUGAUGAGGGCUCAGACGUGAUAUCACCCCUGGUUCCCUAUCCCUGUAGGAGCUGGUGUGAGUGCUACAUGCUGCCUCCCCUCCAUUAGCCACAGCUAUUGGAUUUCCCACCCAGAAUCGUUAGGUAAAUGAGAUCAUGAUUCUGGAAGGAAGUGGUGUAAUGAAUCUCAACCCCAGCAACAAUCUCCUCCACCAGCAGCCAACCUGGACAGACAGCUACCCCACGUGCAAUGUUUCCAGCGGGUUUUUCGGAGGCCAGUGGCAUGAGAUCCAUCCUCAGUACUGGACCAAGUACCAGGUGUGGGAGUGGCUCCAGCACCUUCUGGACACCAACCAGCUCGAUGCCAGCUGCAUCCCUUUCCAGGAGUUCGACGUCAACGGCGAGCAUCUCUGCAGCAUGAGUUUGCAGGAGUUCACCCGGGCGGCGGGCACGGCGGGCCAGCUCCUCUACAGCAACCUGCAGCAUCUCAAGUGGAAUGGCCAGUGCAGCAGUGACCUGUUCCAGUCCACACACAAUGUCAUCGUCAAGACGGAACAAACUGACCCUUCCGUCAUGAACACCUGGAAAGAAGAAAACUAUUUAUAUGACACCAGCUAUGGUAGCACAGUAGAUCUGUUGGACAGCAAGACUUUCUGCCGGGCCCAGAUCUCCAUGACAACCACCGGUCACCUUCCUGUCGAGUCACCCGAGAUAAAAAAGGACCAAGACCACCCUGCAAAGUCCCACACCAAAAAGCACAAUCCACGAGGGACUCACUUAUGGGAAUUCAUCCGUGACAUCCUCCUGAACCCAGACAAGAAUCCGGGGUUAAUCAAGUGGGAAGACCGGUCUGAGGGCAUCUUCAGGUUCUUGAAAUCGGAGGCUGUGGCUCAGCUGUGGGGAAAAAAGAAGAACAACAACAGCAUGACCUACGAAAAACUCAGCCGAGCGAUGAGAUAUUACUACAAGAGAGAAAUUCUGGAGCGUGUAGAUGGACGAAGACUGGUCUAUAAAUUUGGGAAAAAUGCACGUGGAUGGAGAGAAAAUGAAAACUGAAUCUGCCAACACUUGGAACUCAAGCCAACACAUACCCCAGACAAUAGCAAACCAAGAAAUCCUGCACAUGCGUAUUUCAAAGACUACUUUUCUCUGAUAUUUAUGUACCAUGAGGGGGAACAGCAUCCGCUUCUAAUGGGAAGAAGGAACACUACAGUCGAUAAAAUUAUUUUGUUACUUUGAAGUAUGUCCUAUAUGGGGAACAAACGUACACAGUUUUCUGUGAAAUAUGACGCUUGUAUGUGGCCGUGAUUUAUUUUUGCCUCUAUUGAAGUUCUUUUCCACUGCAAGAAGAACCGGAUUGGUAGCCUUGUGCUUCCUGCUAAAAGAAAGAAAAAAAAAAUAUUAGAGGGCAUUAAAUGUUUUUAUGUGCAAAAUGAUUAGGGAAAGGUGAUGUGUCUUCUGCGCUUACGAAUCCACGUGGCCUCAUCAAGAGAGGUGGGUGUGGUUGUUAGCAUGGACCCCGAGGUCUCAGAUUGCCAGGAUGAACCAGAGGAUGCUGGGAAGUUUAACCUGGGCUUUGGGAGCCGGUGAGUGGAGCAUGAAGCCUUCUGAAAUCCAAGUGGACUGUAAUCACUGCAUAAUCACAGGACUUGCGAUGCUUAAAUCAGCAAGAAGAAUAAUGGUGGGGGCUUUCUACUCAUUCAAGAAUGAUUUACCUGAUGCCAAGGCUGUUUUUCUCUCUCCCCCUUGCUUGGAUGAUUGGCGGGUGGGGGGGGGUGGAAACUUCAGUUGCCACCUCUGCUCACUUCUAGAUAUUUAAGAGAGGGUCUAGCCUUGGUUGUUUUUAUCCCAAUUGCUCCAAAAUAAAUGGGAAAAAGGAGGUGGUGAUGAGUUUGCUCUUGGAGCCCUAUAGCCCCUGAGUAAUUCUUGGUUGUGUGUUAUUGGGCUGUUUUGUGCAUUGUAGGAUGUUUAGCAGUAGCCAUGACCUUUAGCCACUAAUUGCCAAUAGCACUCCCAUCCCCAAAGUUGUGACAUCUUCAGAAAUUGCCAGGUAUCCCUUGCAGGGCAAAAUUGUCCUUGGCUGAGAACCACUGAUGUAACCAGUCAAGAUGAAGGUGGUGAUUUACUCUCAGGACAAAGCUAUGUGUAGAUCUUUUAGUCCCUAGAGUGAAGUAAAAGCAAGACUGCGAAGUCAACCAAUUUUUAAUUUUUAAAAUGUCAGGGACGAUGGGAACUCAGGAAUGGGACAUCUAGAGGGAGUUUUCAGAACCCCAGAUGAGAGCCAAAGUCAGAUGACAAACUAAACAUAGUAAUGUAGCAAAGAACUAUAAUAGAAGACAUUUCACUAGAAUGAAAAAGAAGAGUAAAAAUUAAAUUGCACCAGGAAAUGCUGAGAAAAGAAAGAGAGAGAGAGAGAGAGAGAAGAAGGGAGGAAAUGAGAGAGAGAGAGAAAGAGAGAGGGUUCCAGGGAAAAUUUUUGCACACGUUAAUUCUUAUCAUCAUUCCUCUUUUGGAUAAUCUCUUUCUCGUCUCAUCUCGACUCAUCCCGAAGUGAAUGAUACGUCGCCUAGAUUCGUGUCCAGAGGGAUGUUUUUGUUUGCUUUGAAAAGGAAAGACAGAAAAGAAAGGAAGAGGGAAGGGAAACAGAGAGCUCAGCUCCGGAGUUAUGGUUAGUAAGAAGUUGGGGAUUUCUUCGGUGGAAUUGUUGAGAGGUGUCUGGAGACUCAGCACUGGGCCCUGCAGUCUGGGAGGAACGUGAGCCUGGGGACACUUUGGAAGUGACUUUAAACACUCAGAUCCCUUUUGCACCUUUUCGUUUUGGUUUCCUGUGUCCUUGGCUUUCUCCCCCCCUUUUGCCUCUCUACCUUGAGCAAAAAUGUGGGGGUGAAGACAAUGGGUUUCAUCAGCUAAUGGACCACCUACCACCGCGUCUCACCCAGGGAAGGCGAGUGAUUCAUAGUCAAAGGUUGUGAAGUGUUUGUAAUGUAUUCAGAAGGUAGGAAGUAAGAAUUAAGAAUUUGUCCCGAUUAUGAUGAGAGCCGUUAUGGACGGUGACCUUGGAGGCCCGGCUUAGGGAGAAGAUCUUCUGAAGUUACAACCAAGUCCGUUUUUAUUUCCGCCUGCCUCGGUCACCUGCACGUACGUUGUCAAAUAACAGUUACUGAGGAAACUGAGGGAAAUAACAACGAGCAACGCAGACCUGAAACAUGCCUGCGUAAAAAAACACAAGGUGCUUUUCCAAGUGAAGCGAAAGAAGUGUGAGGCCUUUCCAGCAUUUUAGCACUUUUCACAUGGAAUGAAUUAAACAUCCAAAUAUCUGAAUUGGUGUAGGGGCGCCUGGGUGGCGCAGUCGGUUAAGCGUCCGACUUCAGCCAGGUCACGAUCUCGCGGUCCGUGAGUUUGAGCCCCGCGUCAGGCUCUGGGCUGAUGGCUCAGAGCCUGGAGCCUGUUUCCGAUUCUGUGUCUCCCUCUCUCUCUGCCCCUCCCCCGUUCAUGCUCUGUCUCUCUCUGUCCCAAAAAUGAAUAAACGUUGGAAAAAAAAAAAAAAAGAAUUGGUGUAAACGCAUGAAUGCUUGCACGUCUGCGUGCAUCUGAACCAUGCGGUGUCAAUAGGGGCAUCUGCUCACGUGCUCUCUGCCUUUUCCCCCCUGGCUUUGCCUGCUCUUCACCUAAAGUGGCUAGAUCCUUCCCGGAGUUCACCCUUCCCCAAACCUGUAUGUUUCUCACACUCCUCCAAAUUGGCCUUGGCUCUUUCUGCACCAUCUCCAUCAAGAGCACUUUCUGGUAGGCAGUAAGUAAAUCUGGGGAGUACCGACUGGAACGGUUCUGCAGAUAAUUAGCAGAUUGUGUUAUUUGCCGAAAGUGACGGUUUCUUGGCACCUGGUUCCUGCUUAAAUAGGCUGGAGUAUUAAGUUCUUAGCAUAUCUCUCUAUUGUCUUGGCUUGAGUUGAUGCAUUUUCUAUGUGCUGUUCGUGACUUGGAGAACUCAUGGCAAUUGGGCCAUGCCAACUUAGGGUGUGAACGGAAUACUUCCCACCACAGUGUUGCAAGGGAGAGCAAAAUCCCAGAGGGAAGCCAGCAUCGGGUGAAG